GUGUUGAGUGGGCUCCCAAUUGGCUGUAUUAGCAUUGAGACGCGUAUCACUCGGCAGAUUGCGUCGUGAUAGUCCAGAACCACAUGGCGUACUCCCUCUCACUAAAUGAGCCACCGACACGAUUGCCAACGCGCUAGAGUUCGCGGACUCGAUCGUGAUGAAGAAAAUAGCCGCCGCGAGCACGACGCGCCUCUGCAUAAAUCGCACACAACCAUUCUGACUUUAUUAAUGGGUAAGAAGGAAUCUUCAGCUAGAAUAUCUUUCGCAGUGUUUUAAUGCUUCAGUCAUAGUUUGGUUGUCGUAUGGAAAAGACUCAACCAAGUGGUCGCGAGUUACCAAAUGUGAAAAAUUUUCCGUGACAUUCAACAAUAGGUGCUACUCAGUGCGUCUCAAGUGUGGCAGCAUGUGCAGCAUAUUGUAAUUAGUGUCUGUACUUAAUUGGAAAUUGUGUGUGGUCGGUGAACUAAAUCAAGUGCGCACUUUGCGGGACACUCGCUCGACAUUCAGAACUUUUGAGACGUAUCGGACUCCUCCAGCAUAAUUAGUGCUCCUAAACAAGAUUCUUCAGUGAUAUUUGAGACGCAGCAGCAUUGACUUGAUGCAAUGGAUGUGAGAUAUAUUGUGGCAAUUGUUGCAGUAUCAUUUCUCAUCUCUCCUGUGACGUCGGCUGAUGUUUACAAAGGCAUAGAACGUCUGAAAUGUGCUAACCGGGAAGGUGUUAAUGUCCGGCCUCACAGUGAGUUUCGUCAUCAUCUGCGUGAAUUGCGAACCAAAAUGCGGAUUCAGGCGUCGGUGCCGGGAUCCGAACUUGAUGCCUACAUUGUGCCCACCUUCGAUGAGCAUCAAUCAGAAUAUGUGGCAGAAUCUGAUCAGAGAAGGAGAUUUUUGUCUGGAUUUUCGGGAUCCAAUGGAGAUGUGGCGGUGACUCUCAAUUCCGCAGCACUGUGGACAGAUGAGAGGUUCCUGUCACAGGCAGAUAGUGAGCUUGAUUGUGAAUGGAAGAUUUUCCGGAUGAACAGUGAACCAUCGAUUGGCAAGUGGCUCACCACACAACUUCAUCCAGAAGCCAAAGUUGGGGCUGAUGCCCAAAUUGUACCCCAUUACAUGUGGCAAGACCUCAAAUAUGAACUUUCACGUAAAUCCAUAAGGCUUAUAGAUGUUAACAGGUACAUCCUCGAUGCCAUAUGGGGCGAUGAACGUCCACAGCCGUUCAAUGAUCCUAUCAAGGUUCACCCUGUGGUGUUUGCUGGUGAAAAGUGGGAGAAUAAAAUUGCCAAAUUGAGGGCAAAUCUCACGAGUAUCCGGGCUGAGGCAAUGAUCGUAACUUCAUUAACGGAAAUCGCGUAUAUUUUGAAUUUACGCGGAAACGAUAUCCCAUACAUUCCAGUGUUCAAAUCAUACCUCAUUGUUACGCAAAAAGAGAUCUUUUUAUAUACAAAUCAGUCUCGGAUCGACUUUGGAGUCUCACUCCAUCUGAAAUCUGAGCCUUGUCAUCAUGAAAACUGUGUUCAAACCAGAGAUUACAAUGCCAUUUGGUCGGAUCUACGGACGUUUUCUCAGCAGUGGCAACGAGUAUUGGUUCCGACUUAUUGCGUCUUCGACAUGGGAGCUUCAGAAGCCAUCUACAGUGCCCUUCCUCAGAAAAUUGUGGUUGAAAGAGUCUCUCCGAUUAUUUAUAUGAGAGCUCAGAAAAAUGAAGUAGAACGUACUGGGAUGCUACAUGCUCAUAUAAGAGACGCUGCAGCUCUAUGUGAUAUCUUCAGUUACCUAGAAGAGAGGUUCAGCUUUGGAGACAACUGGACCGAACUUGAACUAGCGAAGGAAAUCGACCGGACAAGACGAUCACAGAAGUACGCCCAUGACAUUGCUUUUGAGACCGUAGUUGCUUUCGGCGAACACGGUGCACUGCCAUAUUACGCUCCGAAGAAUUCCUCCAACAGCAUCAUUUACGACAACAGCACCCUCCUGGUAGAUUCCGGAGGGCAGUACUACGAUGGAACAACAGAUGUGGCGAGAACGUUGCAUCUGGGAACGCCUACAGCUGACCAGAAGAGGGCCUAUACCUUGGUUCUAUCUGCAAUGAUCAGACUUUCUACUCUGGUCUUUCCGGAGAAUCUUCGCCUGUCCGAUGUUGAUAUCUUGCCCAGGGGUAUCCUAUGGAGCGACUUCAAGGAUUACCCACAUGGGUCAGGUCAUGGUGUUGGAUCGUUCUCUUCAGUUCAUGAAUCUCCUAUAACAAUUGCACAUACAACGAAGCAUCGGUAUACCUUCAAGGAGGGCUACUUCUUGUCUAAUGAACCAGGGCUCUAUAGAAGUUUCGAUUUUGGAGUUAAAUUGAAGAAUGUAAUUGAAGUUGUUGAUACCGGAAAAGUUCAUCCGACUGGAAAGCGAUUUUUAGCCUUUAAGGACGUCACUUUGGUUCCAUUUGAACCUAAACUUAUCGAUCGGACUAUGCUCAGUAGUCAGGAGAAACGGUGGCUUAAUGAAUACAAUGCACAAAUUCGGGAUCUCGUUGGAGCUGAACUCAAGAGGCAGACCAAAAUGCAAGCUUUCUACUGGAUGAUGAACAAGACAAAGCACAUCAUUGAGUAUUUGCCAGAGAAGGAGUAUCGCAAUGCCCAGGAAGCUAAUACGGGAAAUUCUGUUGGAUUUACUAGUCGAACACUUACCAUCUUCACAUUCUUCGCACUGGUCCGAACCAUGCUCUAAUCUCACGCACAUUUCUCUUAGCAAAAAGUGAAUUUUAUGUAAAAUUUCGUUGGUAUUACUAUACACCUUACUGUAUUAAGUAGUUAAUAGUCUUAAUCAAUGAUCUUAGACUGUAAAUAAUUCUUAACACCAAUAUCUGUUGAAUUUACGAGAGCAUCGAAUAUACAAAAAAAAAAGAAUUAGAGGUGAAAAUUUAAUUAUAUACGCACCUUAUUGAACGUUGUAACGUCCAUUUAAAUUUUAAUAAGAAUAAGAAAAUUAAUCAUAUCAAAUAAUAAAAUUGUAAAUAAUGUCCGUCACCAAAUUGUUCACAUUACACUUUGACUUCAAUAAAAAUUCCAAAUUUACACGGA